CAGGGUUAUGGGGUGGCUGGACACACAACACCCGACACUGGACAGAUAAGACUGACAGCAGUUCAGCUGCAUGUACUCACGGCCUGAGGCAGGAGGGCACCGCACACCACGCAGCGUCAGACAGAGGUUGCACUUGGGAGCAGGGUGACUGUGAGAGGCAGGAUCUGCUGUAACAAGAAGGCAUCAAGAGAGGCAUGGAAUUAAAAAUGAGACUGCCCCAGGCACAUGUGUAGGAGUGGAGUCUUGACCUGAGCAUUCCAUUUGUGGUUGAGACAGAAAUGGAAGAUUCAGUGCUGCCUCAGCAGAAACAAUCAGCUAUGCCUUGGGAUCAAGAUCCAGAACAAUCAACUGGAAAUUACAGUGAAGAUGAACAAAACGGAAAGCAGAAAUGGAGAGAAGAAGGAGGAGAAGCAGGCAGAAAGAGAGAACGAGAAAAAGAAAAAAAUGAAAAGGAGCUGCAAGAUGAACAGGAAAACAAAAGGAAAAGGGAAAAUGAGAAACAGAAACAGUAUCCCGAGAAAAGAUUAGUCAGCAAAUCCCUCAUGCAUACUCUCUGGGCAAAGUUUAAGUUAAACAGGUGCCCCACUAUACAAGAGAGUCUAUCACUCUCAUUUGAAUUUGACAUGACACAUAAACAGAUAAGUCAAUGGUUUUGUAAAACGAGGAAGAAAUAUAAUAAAGAAAUGUCCAAGAGAAAGCAUAAGAAAAAACAUAUGAGAUGGAGAUCUCUGUGUUGCCAAGGCUGGUCUCGAACUCCUGCCCUCAAGUGAUCUUCCUAUUUUGGCCUCCAGAAAUGCUGUGAUUACAAGCAUGAGCCAUCGCACUGGCUAAGACAUUUUACAUGACACCAUUCUCACCAAUAAAUGGAGUUCUGAAAGGAUAAACAAGAAAACAUUAACAGUCGUUGAUUCCGUGGAGUAGAACUAA